AUCAAUUGACUGCCCUGCAUCUCCGACUCCAAUUCCCCCCUCCCCCUCCUCCUCCUCCCUCAAACCCAUUCCACAGGGGAUAUCUUGCUACUCCGUACUACCUCCUUGCGACUAUGGUUCUAUCUGGACUCUUGUCGUAGGUUUUCAAUCGGAGAUUAUACCAUCCAUGUGAUACAUCCUUCUCCCCGUGCGCAGUUCAUCACCAGGUAAGUCAUAACUGCCAUUCCCUUAGGUAUCCCCAUCGUUCCCUCUGUGCCUCUCCACUGCAAUUCUAUCGUGUUGUCAUCUUUCAAUGGCGUCCUCUGCCCCUCCCUCCACCCCUAAAGCUUCCAAAGCUUCACCUGCGAUCGCAGCGAUUCCCGACCAGAGCCAAACGCCCGGAAAGUGGCGCCACCCUCACUUGAAUGAAGUGGUCCGCCGACAAAAUGCUGGAACAUUUGGGGAUCGCAACAUAACCAAACUAGUGUGGAAUGGUGCUGCUUUAUUUGCACUCGUGGCAUUCUGGGAUACCUUCGAGGCAUAUCUUCUUUGGCUUGAACAUUUGAUCCAAUUUCCUACCUAUCCCGACUUCUCCCUCCUCGUCCUGCGCCUUGUCUUUGUCUUCAACAUCCUAUAUGCCCUGUAUCCUAUAUGGGGGCCGAAGGACGAUUUUUCCGAUAUUCCUUUGACUCCCACCCAACGCUCGCUUCUUGGGCUGGAUCCCACUGCUACGCCGCCAUUAACACCCGGUACUACCUAUGUAACUCCGCCUAAGUAUCGUCUCUCUACGUCCCGACCCGCGAGCCCAGCAAGUAGAUCUGGAUCUCCGCUAUCGGCAAAUACUGGCGCCUCUGGUCGCAGAGUAUCGUCCGGCCCCUCCUUCUCACCUUCUCCUAGUCCUCUGUUCCAGAAAGUGGUUACCAACAGCGGGAAAGACAACGGUCGGCGACCGAGCUUCGGAUCAUCAUCGCCUCUUGGUCGAGGCACAUCAUUCUCGCCUUAUCGAGAGUCGACCACGUCUUUCAAGGAAUCUACCGCGUCCUUCAGAGAUUCGACUGCAUCUUUCAAGGAAUCGACCAUGUCCACCAUGUCAAAUAUGUCGUUGUCGACGAUGUCGAGUCUCGGACCCGCGAGUCCAUCCCCUGUAGGGGGUAAGCGCGCGGCCUUAGGUUUGAGUAAUAAGUGGUUGUACGAGAGGAGCCGGCGACUGUCAGCAAGCAACGGCAGUUACUAAUGCCGACGCUGGUGGUGGCUGUGGGCAGUGAGCGGGCGCAAUAAGGCAGGCAGGGAAGGCGAUGUAAACUGAUGAAUUUUCUUUUCUUUUAUCUCUUUGUUCGCUAUGACUAGCGGGGUGCAUCUCGAUUCUUAGAUUUCCAUACCAGCAUACAACUGCUCCAUUGUGUAUUUUAGAUUCAAAUGUUAGAUCGGUUUGGAGA